CUACCGACAUGGCCCGUACCAAGCAAACCGCCCGCAAAUCUACCGGAGGCAAGGCUCCCAGGAAGCAGUUGGCCACCAAAGCCGCCCGCAAGAGCGCACCGGCGACCGGAGGAGUGAAGAAACCCCAUCGUUACCGUCCCGGUACCGUGGCUCUCCGUGAAAUCCGUCGUUACCAGAAGAGCACCGAGCUGUUGAUCCGCAAAUUGCCGUUCCAACGUUUGGUCCGUGAGAUCGCCCAAGACUUCAAGACCGACUUGCGUUUCCAGAGCUCGGCCGUCAUGGCUCUGCAAGAAGCCAGCGAAGCAUACUUGGUCGGUCUGUUCGAAGACACCAACUUGUGCGCUAUCCACGCCAAGCGUGUUACCAUCAUGCCCAAGGACAUCCAGUUGGCUCGCCGUAUUCGCGGAGAACGUGCUUAAUCGUCUCAAUACUCUACAAAUCCUCUUUAAAACGGCCCUUUUCAGGGCCACUAC